AUGAUAAGUACAUACAAAAUGUUAUACCAUUCAUUUUCCAAUUAUGAAAAAUAUGCAUGGGGUGCAAAUGAAUAUCGUCCAAUAUCCAAAGUGGGUCAUUCAGCAAAUAUAUUUGGAACAAGCAAUAUAGGAAUAACAAUUAUUGAUUCUCUCGACACUUUGCAUAUAGCUAAAUUAGAUAAAGAAUAUCAGAAAGCAAGAGAAUGGAUUGAUAAACAAUUUAAUCCAAACGUGGCAAAUGAAGUAUCCGUAUUCGAAAUUAAUAUUCGAUUAGUUGGCGGACUACUUGCCGGUUAUACAUUAACAAAUGAUAAGAUGUUUUUGGAUAAAGCCAUUCUUGUUGCUGAUCGUCUAUUACCAGCAUUCAACACACCAACUGGCAUUCCCCAUGCUUUGAUCGUACUCUCAUCUGGUUCAACUAAAAACUGGAAUUGGGCACAAGGUGGAUGUUCAAUAUUAUCAGAAUUAGGCACAAUUCAUCUUGAAUUUCAAUAUUUAACACAAUUAUCAGGAAAAAAAAAUUAUUUAGAAAUAGUAGAAAAAAUUCGUACAGUAAUACAAAAACUAUCUGAGAAUAAUAUGUAUUAUAAUUAUGUUAAUCCAGUAACAGGAAGAUGGUGUCAAACACACGCCUCACUCGGUGCAUUGGGUGAUAGUUUUUACGAAUAUUUACUUAAAAGUUGGUUAUUAUCGGGCAAAAAAGAUGAACGAGCUCGAAUAAUGUUUUAUGAUGCAAUGAAAGCAGCUGAAGAAGCAAUGUUACGUAAAACACCGACAACAAAUUUGUUAUAUUUUGGUGACCAAAAAUCAGGACAUUUAGAUCUACAAAUGGGUCAUUUGACAUGUUUUGUAGGUGGUUUAUAUGGUUUAUCAUCACAAUAUGUAUUAAAUAAUGAUUCGAAAUAUCAAAUGGAUAUAGCAAAAGGAAUAGCUCAAACAUGUCAUGAAUCUUAUAUUCGAUCAGCCACACGACUUGGUCCAGAAGCAUUCCAUUUUGAACGUCAAGAUGUUGAAGCAAAAUCAUUACGUGAGAAUGAAAAAUAUUAUAUUCUUAGACCAGAAGCGAUUGAAACAUGGUUUUAUCUAUGGCGUUUAACACAUGAACAGAUUUAUAGAGAUUGGGCUUGGGAUGCUAUAAUUAGUUUAGAAAAAUAUUGUCGAGUUGAUGGUGGUUAUACAGGCAUUCGCGAUGUGUACUCAGUACCACCAAGCCAUGAUGAUGUACAACAAAGCUUUUUUCUAGCUGAAACUUUGAAAUAUUUAUAUUUAAUUUAUACUGAAGAUUCUGUUAUACAAUUAAAUAAAUAUGUGUUUAAUACUGAAGCACAUCCAUUUCAAAUUCGAGAAAUUUAG